ACCCCGAGGAGUUCGCAAUGUCUUCUUUUUGAGCUUGAACAUCAUCAUCCCUGGCAAUUCGUUUCAGCUCGUUCAAACUCAUAAUGGGUUCCAACCCCUUUUGAUUAGAUUCGCGAAAUGCGCUCAAGUCACCACCUUUCGAGUGUAAUGCAGUAGAAAUCGUAGCCGAAUAGCCCUGCGAAUCGAAGUUCUUUCCCUAGAAUAUGAGCAGCAUUGACACUCUGCUAUCAUCAAGGGCUUUUUAUGCCAAACCGCAUGUGUACUCGAAGGGAUUGUGCCUCGCUCCGAUUAUCUCUAGGCGAGGACUCGAGCGCUCAAAUUCUGUUUUGCGAGGAAUUCGGUUACGGGUGGGAAUUACUCGAAGGUUCUUUAAAGUUUCAUGCGAAUCGAGUUCAGACUCCACUCCUCCAAAAGGGGAUGAUUUUGUGGCUAGGGUUUUGAAGGCGAACCCUAGUCAGGUUGAGCCCAAGCACUUGAUAGGUGACAAGUUCUACACUUUGAAGGAAAAGGAGAACUUGAGCAAAAAUGCUGAUGUGGGUAUGUUUGAGAUUUUGAGAAGGACACUGGACACAAGAGGUAAACUGAAGAGAGGGAGUGAUGAGGGUCGAAACGAGGCUAAGACGGCCGCAAAAGAGGAGUCGGUGUACUUGAAAGACAUACUGAGGGAGUACAAGGGGAAAUUGUACGUACCCGAGCAAGUCUUCGGCGAAGACUUGUCCGAGGAAGAGGAGUUCGAUCGGAAUUUGGAGGCAUUGCCCAAGAUGAGCUUGGAGGAUUUCGGGAAAGCCAUGGAAAGUGAUAAAGUCAAGUUGUUGACUUCGAAGGAGGUUGCUGGCAUUACGACGGCUAAUGGGUUUAGGGAUUUUAUUGUAGAGUUGAAAGAGAUCCCUGGGGAUAGGAGUUUGCAUAGAACUCGAUGGGCUAUGAAGCUGAAUCAGGCUGAAGCUCAAGCGCUUCUGGAGGAAUACAAUGGUCCGCAGUAUGAAAUAGAGAGGCAAACUAUGUCUUGGGUGGGAAAGUUACCAGAAUAUCCUCAUCCGGUGGCUUCUUCCAUAUCAAGCAGAAUGAUGGUUGAGUUUGGGAUGAUCACAGCUGUUAUGGCUGUUGCAGCAGUGUUAGUUGGGGGUUUUUUGGCUUCAGCAGUCUUUGCUGUUACCAGUUUCAUCUUUGUCACUACAGUAUAUAUUGUGUGGCCAAUAGCCAGACCAUUUCUCAAGCUCUUUCUCAGUCUUAUCUUUAGCAUUUUUGAGAGAGUUUGGGACAAUGUUGUUGAUCUAUUCAGUGAUGGUGGGAUCUUCUCCAAAUUUUACGAGUUUUACACAUUUGGCGGUGUCUCAGCUAGCCUUGAAAUGCUAAAACCGAUAAGCGCUGUUCUAUUGACUAUGGUCCUUCUUGUCCGUUUCACUCUGUCUAGAAGACCUAAGAACUUCAGGAAAUGGGAUCUAUGGCAAGGAAUUGAUUUUUCAAGAUCCAAAGCAGAAGCUCGUGUUGAUGGUUCAACAGGGGUAAAGUUCAGUGAUGUGGCAGGGAUAGAUGAGGCUGUGGAGGAACUUCAAGAGUUGGUUAGGUACUUGAAGAAUCCAGAACUGUUUGAUAAAAUGGGAAUCAAGCCUCCCCAUGGUGUCCUUUUGGAGGGACCUCCUGGGUGUGGAAAGACACUGGUUGCCAAAGCCAUAGCUGGUGAAGCUGGCGUUCCAUUUUAUCAAAUGGCUGGGUCUGAAUUUGUUGAAGUAUUAGUAGGUGUCGGUUCUGCUCGUAUCAGGGAUCUAUUCAAGAGAGCAAAGGUGAAUAGGCCUUCAGUUAUAUUCAUAGACGAAAUUGAUGCCCUGGCAACCAGGCGUCAAGGAAUCUUCAAGGAGUCCAAAGAUCACCUGUAUAAUGCCGGAACUCAAGAAAGGGAAACUACAUUGAAUCAGCUUCUUAUAGAGCUUGAUGGGUUUGAUACUGGAAAAGGUGUGAUAUUUCUGGCAGCUACCAACCGUAGGGACCUAUUAGAUCCUGCACUCCUUCGUCCUGGUCGUUUUGAUCGGAAGAUUAAGAUACGGCCCCCUAAUGCAAAAGGGAGACACGAUAUUCUAAAAAUUCAUGCAAGCAAAGUAAAGAUGUCAGAGACCGUUGAUUUAUCGUCAUAUGCACAGAAUUUGCCAGGAUGGAGCGGGGCACGAUUGGCUCAGCUUGUGCAAGAGGCUGCUUUAGUGGCAGUUAGGAAAGGACAUGGAUCAAUUCUUCGACCAGAUAUGGACGAUGCAGUUGAUAGACUCACUGUGGGGCCAAGACGUGUUGGGAUAGAGUUAGGUCAUCAAGGACAAUGUAGGAGAGCUACCACUGAAGUAGGAGUUGCAAUGAUUUCUCAUCUUCUGAAGAGAUACGAGAAUGCUGAUGUCGAGUGCUGUGAUCGGAUUUCAAUCAUCCCUCGUGGAGAGACAUUAUCUCAAGUUGUCUUUCAUCGACUUGAUGAUGAGAAAUAUAUGUUUGAGCGCCGGCCACAAUUGCUUCAUCGCCUUCAGGUUUUGCUUGGAGGACGUGCAGCCGAAGAGGUUAUUUAUGGACGGGAUACAUCUAGAGCAUCUGUUGGGUAUCUUGCAGAUGCUUCUUGGCUUGCUCGCAAACUUUUGACUAUAUGGAAUUUGGAGAAUCCAAUGGUCAUCCAUGGUGAGCCACCUCCUUGGAGAAAGGAAGUCAAAUUCGUUGGACCGAGGCUGGACUUUGAAGGAUCGCUCUAUGACGACUACAGUUUGAUUGAACCGCCAAUAAAUUUCAACUUGGACGAUCAGGUCGCUCAUAGGACUGAAGAGCUCAUACGUGACAUGUAUGGAAGGACCGUUUCUCUACUCAGGAGGCACCAUGCGGCCCUGCUCAAAGCUGUGAAGGUUCUCCUCAACCAGGAAGAAAUCAGUGGAGAGGAAAUUGACUUCAUUCUGAAUAAAUAUCCUCCACAAACACCUGUGAGCCUCCUUUUGGAGGAGGAAAAUCCGGGAAGUCUUCCGUUCUUCAACCAAGAAACAAGUGACCUUGAGCACGCCCUUGUAUCUCAGUCAAAAGAACAAAGCCUGUGAAACAGUAUGUGGCCUGGCUCAACACGGUAAAUCCCUUGAUGGGUGUGAGAGAGGACUCUCCUGCGAGUGAUUUCCUCGUCUCAUGUGGAAAGGUUGCAUUCAGAAAUAGCGUAAAAUGACAAGAGCAUGGCGAUUUUCACGGCGCUUAGUGUGUUUGCUUCAGCUCAGUCCAUGAAAAGAGAAGAAUGUGUAAACCGUCGGCCACUUCUGAGCAGUAGUCAGAAGUAGGACAGGUUCUCUGGCGCUUCAGAUUCUUGUAGCUGUUAAGAGUGUACUUAUAAGUAUUAUAAGGGAAGGACAGCAGUUGAUUAAUUGAAAUGAUACCAUAAGUGAAAGACAAGCCACUUGUUUUAUUGUUGUAAAUUAUUUACAGAGAAUUGUUCAUCAGAAGAUAUGUUUUGGUCA